UCCUGUUCAGACGACAUGAAGACUCGGUGUGUGUUCCAUCGUCUCGGUGUCUGUGUCCUGCUGCUGUCUGGACUGACUGUUUCUUCAGUCUCUGUGGACGUCCGUCCAAACCGUCAGCAGUUCUUCAGAGGAGACAGUUUGUCUGUGAGUUGUGCAGAUGUUCAGACAGAUGGAUGGACAGUGAAGAGGACACUGAGGAACGGAAACACUGGGACAUGUGCAGAGUUUGGAAGGAUAGACGGGUCAUUCUGCGUUGUCGAUCGUGUCACGCCAGUGUCCAGUGGAGUUUACUGGUGUGAGACCAGUUCAGGACAGCAGAGUGACCAGGUGUCCAUCACUGUAACAGAUUUUUAUGUAAUCUUGGAGAUCCCUGCACUUCCUGUGGAGACAGGAAGUGAUGUCACUCUGCGCUGUAGAGUCAGAGGUGGUUCAACACUGAAAGCCGAGUUUAAAAAAAACGGUCGGACACUCACAUCUGACCUAGUAGAAAAGUGGACCAUCUCUGUAGACCACCUGUCUGAUGCAGACCAGUACUCCUGUUAUGUUCCAGAUCUUGGUGGAUCUCCAACGAGCAGCCUGAGGGUCAAAGAUCCUGGUUCUUCAGGUCCUGGUUCUUCAGGUCCUGGUUCUUCAGAUCCUGGUUCUUCAGAUCCUGGUUCUUCAAUGUCCAUUGUGAGGCUGUUCCUCCACCUGCUGGUCGCGAGUCCGUACUGCGUCUCCACUGUCCUGAUGGUGUCGAUCUACCGUAAAAGGAACACAGGAAGAAGAGCAGCCGUCGCCAUGGAAACCAGGCAGCAUCACGUCGGAGACGAAGACGAAGACGAAGACUACGACGACGUGGCUGCAGGCGUCGCCAUUGAACACGACUUCUGAAGAGAUGACGUCAACUUUGACACUGAAAUAUGUUUUUAUUUCUAAUUUUAC